CCUGUAUGUGCACCCAUGUAAAGACUACGACUCGUGUGUAUAAAUACAGACAUUACAUACUACUAUCCUGUCUUGCUCGUCCAACCGUGAUUUAGUCGGGUUACAAGGGUAAAACAAUUGUCCAGACCCGGAAGUUCAUGUGGAACAUGAAACGACAUUUUGUUCAGUGAGAAGCAGACGACAGAGUAAAUAAAAUGGCGGGUAAUGAUUCCACAGACAAUUCGACAGUCUCCUGUUUGCUGUUUCCAACGACGCCAAGUUACUGUGAUAUUCUGCUCUACACCAGAGGCAUUGCCGGAGGUCUAUCCCUCGUUGGAAGUUCCUUUGUCCUGUCCAUAACAUGGCUGUUCCGAAAGUACACGGCGUUUGUCCAGAGGAUGAUCGUGUAUCUAAGCAUUUCCGCUUUCUUUCACGCCAUCUUCUUCAUGAUGGGUGGUGUGUAUCCCGUGGGCCCCAUCUGUGUUUUUAAAGGCUUCUGGAUUACAUAUUUCCACUGGGCAGUGCUGCUCUGGGACGUACACAUUACGUGCAAUCUGUAUAGAAACGUCGUCAGGAUGGAAUCAUCAGAGAGACUGGAAAAAAUAUUCUGUUUGAACUGCUGGGGAAUACCUCUAGUGAUAUCCCUGGUUCCUCUCAUAGCUGGGCGUUAUGGCCCUGCAGGAGCAUGGUGCUGGAUUGUUGACGAAUGGGAUUUGGAGCGACUUUUUCUUUGGUACAUUCCGCUCUUUCUUGGUAUAUUUUUCAUGAUCGUGGUCUACCUGUAUAUAGUUUACACGCUGAACAGGAAGGCAUCAACGUGGCAUGGGACGUAUGACCCGGAUGUGGAACAGAAAAAGGCGCAAUUGCGGAACGACAUAACGGCUUUGCGUUUUUACCCACUGGUUUACUUACUGAUAAAUAUUAUACCACUUAUUAACAGGAUACAAAAUGCUAUCCACGAGGACAAGCCUGUAUUUGCUUUGAUCCUCGGACAGUGUAUCACAGCCCCCUUACAAGGUGCAAUAAAUGCAAUGAUUUUUGGUGCUGACAAGGACACAAUAAGUCAACUUACCUGGUCUGGUAUAAAGAUGGCUUUUCAAUCAAGAUUUAAAAAAAAGGCUUUAAUAAAAGAAUACGUGAUAGAAGAGGAAAUUACUGUUUCUCCACCAGCUGGCAGCACAAACAAUUCUAUAGAAAUCAUGGAUACCCAUAUAUGACGUCAAUGACAAUACAUCAGAGUCUUUAAUGCGCAUAUAUGAUUCUAAAAUUAACACUAUAGAAGUCGUGACACUCAUCUAUUUUAUUAUGCCUCUAGUGAAAAUCCUGUUAUAUGAUUGGUCGGGAAAAUUGUUCUUUUAACACUGUCACAUUCACUUUAACAUUGAGUCGGAUAUGAUGUCACCCUCAUGUGACAGUGAUACCCUUUGAGUGACCCUAGGCACUUUCACACUCUAAUGAAUGAAGUAUUUAUAUAAUACAUUGUAGCACAGCCAUAUAGUAUAUAUACUCGACACUAUAAUCGUCAUGGACGCACAUAUUUGACCAAUACUUUAGAAGUCAUGAGCACUCGUAAAAGAUACUACAGCCAGCACUACAGACGUCGUGGACGCUCAAAUGUGUUAGAACAGCCAACACUGUAAACGUCGUAGACGUUCAUAUCUGACAGAAGAACCAACACUAUAACUUUACAGCUCCUGAACACUCAUAUGAUCUGCGGCAACGCUAUACCCGUCAUGUGGGCACCAAUAACUGACCGCACUGGCAACAUCGUAUACACGUAGGUCAUUUGCACUCGUAUAUGUUAAUAGUUUUAUCCAUUGCGCUGUAGUCAGUAUUACAUGUAUCAAUUGAUAUUGAAGGAGUAUCACUAGAAUAGGUAUUUUUUGGACGCGAUGUCUCACACAUUGGUGCUUAAAUCUCUUUCUACGUAUGUACAUUAGUUUGAGUAUCACUAUUUUUAGUUAUCGAAUGCUUUUUAUACCAAUAGACAGGGUACCUCCAUAGCGGUAGUGAUAAGCAUACCUUGUAUUAUCAUUGUUCGAUAAAGGUGCGGCAUUAUGGUACUCAUAUAAUUCCAGUAUUUCUUUGACCCAGAUGACAACAGGAAUCUAACCAAAUGAAAAAUUCAGUGGUUAUGUAAAUUAGUCAUUUUGAAGUGUAUUUAAUAAAGUGGUAGGCAUUUAUUUAUUGAUAUAUUGCCUUUAUGAGCUUAGUAAACUCAGACCGAGUAUAAAGCAGCGUGUAAGUAAUGAACAAAAGGUAACGGCUGCUUGAUACAUGUUUAAAAUUAUGUUUCGGCGAGAUAACGGAGCGAUGAUAGCCAAUGCUUGGCUCCUUCAAAAUCUAAAAACAUGGAACAUAUUCGGAUAUCACAAAAUCUAAUACUGCAACAACUGGAUGGUUGCAAUGUUCUUAUUCCAUAGAUGUAUAUUAAAGUUUCCGUGUGCAUAAUGGAAACAAUGGCAGCGUGGUUCUGGUACAUUCGGCCACGUUACUAACGGAUAAGUGUGUCGAAUAAGAAAUAUGUUCGAAGGCCUCCUACUGAGAUUGACAAUUGAAAGGUGUAAAGUAUAUUGUCCUAGCAACCAUAUAUAUUGUUUAGGUAGCAUUGUAGCAACCAACUCGGACUGUGGCAACGGACAUAUCUACAACGGUUUCAUAUGAAAUGUUCGUUGCCAACUGCAUUCAUUUUACCGUAUACACCGUCCAAAUGAAUGUCAGCCAUUAUCCAUAGCGAACUUUCUAACGUUAUAUUAUUCUUACCAAAGUCAACGAGAAAGGUCUAUCACACCAGUAUUAUUGUUGCAUAUGUAUGUUAUUCAGAUUAUCUGUAUGCUAUGCAAAUAUUGGGUACGUUAAAGGUAAUAUAUUAUUUAGUCUUAUUAGAUGUGAAUGUAUCGUUGAAAGUUGAGACAACCUUAUCAGUGGACCGUUCAGUUACCUGUCAUGUCUCAGGUGCAAUACAUGAUCCGUAUAAACGAAUCACUUGACUCAAUUUCGACACCUUUGAGAAAACAGGAAAAAGCAUUAAAACAUGCAAUCAUAUUACAUUGCUAAAAUAUUUCUUUACUUAUACAGUCAUACGUAGAGGUGAUCGCAGUAUGUGUAUUCGUCUCUCAUAUUUUAUGUAUCCCAUGCAUCAGUGGAAUAUAAUUGAAUAUAAAAAUAAAAACGCACAUUGCCGUCAAAUAACAAGGAUGCAAUAAGGCAAUUAUAGGAACUGAAACUGAAACAAGAACAUCAAAACAGAAAUCACAGAGGGAAGAAAACCAGAAAAGAAAAUGCACUCCUAGGUUUUCUGAAAAGAAUAGUUAUCCUUUGUAUUUGCUAUAAAAAUAUGUUUACAUAUACUCAUCAUACAUGAUGUUAUAUAUUACGGCAAAUACAUUCUGCUGAUGAAUAACUUGAAAAAGCUUCUCAACCUAGAAAAUCACAAUGAACCAUGCAUAAUCUUUAUAAUGUAUGUAAUGUAUACAUUGAUAUAUAUCUGUGCAUAUAUAUCAUACAUGCAUAUAUGAAUACUAAAUGAAGAAUGCAAAUUAAAUGUCCAGUUCAAAAAUGCCCCUUUAUUCAUUUGACAUUAAGUACAGUAAGCAACUGGUCGGCCCUUAAUGUACAAACUUGCCAUAAUG